AUGCAGACCAGCCGGCUGUUCUCUCGUCACCUCGUGCUCGUAGCGGCGGCAUUGGUGCUUCUGCUGAGCAGCCGAAGCCUCAUCCUCCAGACCGAGGCGGCCACGCGAACGGUGCUCGGCGUGGGCGACCCCUCGGAGCUCUUCACCAACAUGACGAGGUCCUAUCGCUUCUCGAGCGACGUGACCAGCUUCCAGCUCGAGGAGACGAGUGCCGGAGCGGGGCCGAGCCUUCUGCGCGAAGUGAAAAUCGGAGAGAAAGAUUACCUCGUCGCAUCCUCGAGACUCGCCAACUCGACGGAGGAUGGCUGGGUGCAGGUGCCGAUGGCGGCGUUCGCGCUCAGCCUCAUCUACCCGGUCAAGCGAGAAGCCCUCCAGGGCGAGGGCGCUGCCGCACUCAGCAUCAUCACGACGAACCUGCUCGGCAUCUACGUGGGCGAGCUGACGACGUGGAUGGAAGCGGCUCCAAAUGGCUGGUUCUACAUGGCCGUCCCUGACCCCUCGGCCCCGAUCACCUUCUACGUGCAGCACUACGAAGAUGAGGCGAGCGAAUUUGCAUCAACUCAGGGGCUCUUGGGCCGAGCCCUGUGCAACCUCACCGACAGCGGCGAGCACAUCCCCAACGCCGACGUCUUCUGCGCCGCCUACAGAUCGAAUGGCAAUCGUCUCAUCCCCACCCUGGAGCAAUUCAAUCCCGGUCGAGUCGUCGCGCUCCCCAUCGGAACCAGCCCUCUGGAACUCAUCGGCUCCUUGGCAAACUCGACGGCUGGCCUGGCCCUCUCCACGGUCUCCGCGGGCGUCGCGCACGACCUGCUCUCCAUCCAAUUCGAAUCCGUUGCGGGCUUCCUCACCGAAGAUCAACUCAAUCAAGCCGUCCCGGGCGUCGGGGCGAUCGUCGCAGGCGAGUCGCUCGCCAUUGACAUCCUCAACAGCAAGGCCGGCUGGCCCUUCUCCGCCCUCCAGUUCGUGUCGGUGCCCCGCGAGAGCGUGGUGCGAGGCUGCGCCUACCUCCAAUCCGUAGCCGACUUCCUGGUGUGGAGCCACACCAACAACAUGGCGAUCGACCUCAUCACGCAAGCGCCCCACUACGCCGUCCUGAACAACGGCAUUCGGUCCAUCGCCGCCACCUCCGUCUCGACCGUCACCUGUAACGGCCAGGCCGUCGUGGCGCCGGCCGUCUCGGCCGCCGGUCCGCCUACGCUCCUGAUCAACAGCUGGGCUAGCGGCUACGAGUCCUCCUCGGGCUCCGGCUCGAUCCGGCUGGCCUACGAGACCUACCUGUUCGACAUCACCAACGCCGAGUCGGCCACCUCGGGUCUGACCGACGUUGCUGUGACCUUCACCUACCGCGAGCACAACGAGACGAUGCCCAUGUCCACGAUCCCCGUCGCCGCCGAGGCCCUCGUGGCCAUCUACAACGUGCCCCAGAUCGCGCUGAGCGUGACCGCCAUUCCCCUCGUGUUCUCGGCCGACCUGGCCGUCAAGAUUCUGUUCGGAGACGUCAAUAUGUGGAACGCCCCGGAGAUUGCUGCGCUCAACCCCGAACUCGCGCGCGUUCUCCCCAACGAGACGAUCAGGUUGGUGCUCGACAAGGGCGGCAGCCCCUUCAGCUCCGGCGGACCCUCCGGCGGGCCGGACAACAGGGCGCUGCUGUCGUGGAUCUACAGCCUCGUUCCCAGCUUCAAGAACACCACGUUCCCUGUCGAGGCCGACACCGAGCGCGUGACCGGGGCGAAGGACAGCGGCCUCACGACCCUGAUCAAGGGCAUGCCCUACAGCCUCGGCUGGGGCGGGCUUUCCGCGGCGCUCGCCGAGCGCGGCGUCCGGAUAGCGUUCCACCUCCGCUCGGGCGGAGCCAAGCGCCAGUCCAGCAAUUGGUUGGCGCCCGAGCGCGAUGCCAUCUUGGCCACCCUCAACGACAACUACUCAGCCUCGAAUCCCAACACCACCGGCUACAUGCUUCCGGCGCUGGUCUCACAGAACCCCGACGCCUGGCCCAUCGUGCGCUGGGUCUACUUCUACACGCGCGGCAACUCUUCGGCGACGAGCACCGCGCAGGGUAUCCAAUGCACCAAGUUGGCGGCGCUGGUCGACUGGAUCUACUGGACGCAGACCGACACUAAGCAGGCGGCCGCGCUGGCCGACGGCGAGGGCAUGGUGUCCUUCGUCAGCGACGACUCAGUGCGCUCGAAGCAGCUCAUCAACACGCUCGCCUCGAUGCAGUGCUACGGCGAGCCGGUCUUCGUGCUCAUGGCCUGCGUCAACGACGGCACCAUCUGCUCCGACCACGGCCAGUGCCAGGCGAACAGCCAGAACACGACCGCCUACCAAUGCCGCUGCGAUUCCGGCUGGCAGGGCGCCCUGUGCGAGACCCCGGUGGACUCAGACGACGGCGGGGCGGACAACCUGGCCAUCGGCCUGGCCGUGGGCCUCAGCGCGGGUGUGUGCCUCAUCUUGAUCCUGCUCGUGCUGGUGGGUACCGUGCCGGCGCUGAUCGUCACCAAGUUCGCCGGCCGGCGCGGGCGCCCCGAGUGGGAGAUCCGCAUGUCCGACAUCCAGAACCUCGAGCUCAUCGGCCAGGGCGGCUACGGCAAGGUCUACAAGGCCACCUGGAAGGGCACCGAGGUGGCGGUCAAGGUCAUCGACCGCAACCGACAGCCGGACACCAAGCGCGCGCGCCAGGCCUUCGUGAAGGAAAUCGAGCACAUGAGCCUGCUCCGCAACCCCAACAUCGUGAUGUUCAUGGCCGCCGCCACUUCAACGGUACCCAUGUGCAUCGUGAUGGAGUACAUGGCCCUCGGAUCCCUCUAUGACUUGCUGCACAACGAGCUCAUCGACCACAUGCCGUUCCAGCUCAAGUCGCUCAUCCUCCUCCACAUCGCGCGCGGAAUGAACUUCCUCCACUCGUCGGACGUCGUGCACAGGGACCUCAAGUCGCUCAACGUGCUGCUGGACUCCAAGUGGAACGCCAAGGUGGCCGACUUCGGGCUCAGCACGCUCGGCUCAGGCCCGCGGGACCGCGCGCAGUUCGAGGGCAGCGUGCCGUGGGCCGCGCCGGAGAUCCUCAACGAACAGAACGACGCCGAUCUCUUCGCCGCCGAUGUCUACAGCUUCGGUAUCAUCACGUGGGAGGUGCUGACGCGCGACCAGCCCUACCGCGGCAAGAGCCCCGCCGCCGUCGCCGUCGCCGUGCUGCGCGACAAGUGCCGCCCGCCCAUCGCGACCCAGGAGGAGUACGGGACGCUCUAUCUGGAGCGCGACAACCUCGAGCUGCUGCCCUACGUGGAGACCGUGGUGUGCCUCAUCGAGAGCUGCUGGAGCGAUGAGGUCAGCGUCCGGCCCACCUUCCUCGAGAUCACCUCCAACCUCGCCAAUCUGGUGUCGCGCGUCAAGGCCGUCCACAACGGCGGCUCGUCGACCAGCGGCAUGAUGACCGGCAGCAUGACCAGCUCGUCGGACUACUCCGGCGGAGGCUACGGCGGCAUGGGGCGCGACAACUCGAGCCGCAGCCACGGCUCGUCGACCAACUCCAAGAACUCGAUGGACCGGAAUACCUACGAGCCGCGCCGAGGCAACGCGCUUCGGCGCUACCACUACUACGACGGACCGCACGCCAUCGUGUGCUCCGACGUGGCCAUGGCCGGCACCCUCUGGAGCAACGUGCCCGAGGCGAUGAAGGAUGCCACUCGCCUGCACAACGAGCUCCUCCGUGGCCUGCUCGCGCGCUACGGCGGCUACGAGACCAUGCUGCCCAAGAUCGAGGGAGGCGCCGCCGGCACCUUCUGCAUGGCCUUUGCCACCACCGCCGACGCGCUCCUCUGGUGCGCCGACGUGCAGCGCGCGCUGCUCGAGGCCGACUGGCCCGCCGCGCUCCUCCAGUGCCCUCCCGCCGAGGAACUCAACGCCGGCGGACUCGACGAUAAGCUCAUCUUCCGCGGCCUCCGUGUGCGCAUGGGCGUGCACCACGGCACCCCGCGCUGCCACAUCGACUCGCUCACGCACCACAUUGAGUACACCGGCCCGGCGGUCCAGAAGACCCAGGAGCUGGCCUCGCGUGCGGCCGGCGGUGUAGUGCUGCUGUCGGCGGAGGCCUACUACGACCUGAAGCGCGACCGCGCCUCGGCGGGCUCAGUCAUCGAGGGCGGCAGCCGCAUCCGCGCGCUGCUGGACACCAUGGCCGACGAGGGCGCCACCCUCUACGAGCUGGUCCUGCCAGGCCUAGAGGCGCGCUGCCUGCGCACCAUCGUCAAGGACACCAUGCCACUGCAUCGUCGUCGCCUGCUCGAGGGCUCGGCGGCCAACAAGGCGCGUCUCGCCAGUGCGCGGUCGGCCUACGACAGCAGCAGCAGCGACUCGGACUCAGACGACGACCGGCGCAACAGCAAGGUGGUCGAUCUGAACACGUCGCUGUCGUUCAUCGACCCGCUGGCGUCGGCCUCUAUGUCGAUGGUCCACGACGACCGCGGGCACCGGCCGGACCACCGGAAGGAGCCCGUGGAGCUGGGCUUCCUCAACUCGGCCAACAUGUGCCGCACGAUCAUCAACUACCGCGAGAUCCUCGUCGAGAAGCCGAUCGGCUCCGGCUCGUUCGGCAUCGUGCACAAGGCCCGGUGGAAGGGCGUGCCGGUGGCGGUCAAGACCCUCACGGCCAAGAAGCGCCUGUCGGAGGAGGACAUGCUCGACUUCCGCUACGAGAUCGCGGUGCUGGCCGACCUCAACCACCUCAACGUGCUGGCCUUCAUCGGCGCGUGCCUCAACGAGCCCCACCUAGCCAUCGUGACCGAGUACAUGGGCCGCGGCAGCCUGCGCGACGUGCUGCACAGCACCAGCUCCAAGCUGCCGUGGCCCAUGCGCCUGCGCAUGCUGCGGGACGCCGCCGACGGCGUGCGGUAUCUGCACACCCGCGCGAGCCCCAUCAUCCACCGCGACCUCAAGUCCUCCAACCUGCUCGUCGACGACAACUGGACCGUCAAGGUGGGCGACUUCGGCCUGGCGCGCAUCAAGGGCGACAACGCCACCAUGACCCGCUGCGGCACGCCCGCGUGGACCGCGCCCGAGGUGCUCAGCUCCAACACCUACGACGAGAAGGCCGACGUGUACUCGUUCGGCGUCGUCAUGUGGGAGGUGCUCACCCGCCGCCAGCCCUACGAGGGCCGCAACUUCAUCAAGGUCACCAUGGACGUGCUCAAGGGCGACCGGCCCACGAUCCCGGCCGACUGCCCGUCCGACUUCAGCAAGCUCAUGCGCAAGUGCUGGCACGCCAACCCGCACAAGCGACCGGCCAUGGAGAGCGUCGUCAGCGCCAUCGAGCACAUGAUGCAGGGCCACGACGACGAACAGGUCCCCUCCACCCUCAUCAUCGCCGACAACGUCUAA